AUGGACGACAUCGAGACGCUCAUGCCCCGAACCAAAGCGGUCAAUGACCGUGCAUCUAUCAACAAGGCCAAACUAAAACAGUACAUGGCCAGCAAGGAUGUAAUUCUUAGUGUCGGAGCUCGCUCGGGAGUUGUUGUGCGCGGUGAUGUGCGCAAGGAUGCUGAGGGGUUUGAAGAUAUUGAUGAAUUCUGGGUCGAUGAGGACUCUAUGCAGGAUGACUCAGUAGACGAUGAAGAUUCGCUCACAUUUUCGGACAAGGAUUCUGCGGACACGUCGGGGGAUAUUUCGGAGCCGAGCGAGCACGAGGUAGAGUUGCCGGGAAUUGACAGUCCCCAUUUGGCUGAUCGUGAAGUAAUCGGUUUGGCUAUUGAGCCUGUAUCGUCGUCGCGAUUGCAGCGACGCAUUGGGCUUAUCGAGGUUGAAGAAAAAAGAGAGGAUAACGCACCUUCAUCUCCAGUGCGAAGUGAUAUGUCAUUUGAUUUUGGUGGUUCACCUCAUGGAUCAGUUGAAAUGAACGCUGAAACAAACGUCACAAUGCGAAAAAAAUUGACAAUUAAGGAUGACAAGAAAAACGCAAAGUUACGUCGCGAAGAGUCGUCUAGUGGACAUGACUUUAAUGAAAGUAAAAGCAGUCCAUUCACUAUGGAUGAAGGUCAAAUGACUCCUUUAUCAAAUGCUAGUGACCGUACAUUAAAUUCUAUCCCUUCAUUUUCCGACAAGAAUUCACUUUCUCCAAAUAUCAACAAGGAAUUGUUCAAAAAAGUUGAUUCCAGAACUGAUGGUAAUGACGGCAGGCCAAAAACGAAAAAGGUGAAAACUAAAAAAGUAAAAGCUUCCGGUAAACAACCAGCGAUUAGCUCAAAAAAGCGUCGAAUGAGACCAACGGGCAAUUACGGUUAUCGAACCAUGCCACCCGUGACUGACACUUCGACUCAAUCUGUUCAAACUGACGAAGACAACGACGAAUCGUUUGAGGCGCAAAAUGACUCCGGUGGAGAAACCGGGGAUGAUAGUUUUUACAAUGGACCAGAGGCUCCAACCGGCCCAGUGCGAGAUCGACUGCCUAAUGCUUCAAGAAUCUUGGACGGCGAGGAGAUAGACGAUGUUUGGGAUGGCAAUGGACUUCGUCGAUCUAAGCGAAGACGCUUCAAGCCGCUUGCCUGGUUUAAAAGUGAGCACAUGGUGUAUGAACGUACAUUCGUAGGAGUGGGUACAGUAAUGCCUACGGUUGUAGGGGUAGAGCGCCUUGGUCAUGACUCACCAACAUCGAGACGUCCAAAGGCCAAGCCACCGUCUAAAAGGAUCAACACAAGUCGAGCUUUUACUUUAGAAGAUUUACCAAAGGAUGUGCAGAAGCGUAUCAUCGAAAGCGAAUGGGCAACUCUGUACGAUAGCCAGGCUGGCUGUAUGAAUGAUCUAAACAUUAUUUGCCGUUCCAGUGAGAUUCGUGUGCGUAAGUUACCUACAAAAGAGCGGGGUGGAGUGAUAGUACAUGCAUACGCAGGACAAAGUUUUAAUCUCUUUAGCCCAUCCCCCUUUGCUCGGUGGAUCUCAGGGCGGGUUGUGUUGCCUCCUGGAGCGUGGAAGGAACCCGAAGGUGUUGGCCAGGCAGUGCAAUUGUUCUUCGUAACAGGAUGUCAGCCAAAAGCGCUUGAGUUGGCUCUGGCUCCUGAGACAGACGACGACUUCUUUACAAGCAAGUAUACAACGCAUUUUCUGCUGAGCCCGGGCGACGAAUUCUACGUUCCACCUGGUAAUGUAUACUACGUGAAGAAUCAUUCAAGUUCUGCGGACUGUGAUUUGCGAUUUACGAUUUUAAAACCUGAAAGUCAUUCAGUGCCGGAUGAUAAUGAAUCAGACGUAGAACCGAGGACGGACAAGGGGAAUCUAUCGGCAAACGAACUCAAAUCUGAAGUAACCAAGGCUUCGAGCAGUCCGUCAAAGCGAAAGCAGAAGAAGGUCACGGACAAUGACGGUGAUUCUGACUCUGUUUAG